CUAAGUCCCAGCCGCUCAGAGUCAACUUCAAUCAAACCUGCCGACGUGCCUCCAUCACUUCGAGGACGCGACGCCGGCGACGAGGACGAUAGCUAACGAACAACCCCCGGCCGUGCGCACGUUCAUUCUGACGACAUCUUCGCCGACCUGCGCUUCAAGCGUGACCUUUCCUCGACGCCUUGGUCACCUGUCCCGCUGCUUUAUUGGUCUGCAUUAUCUAUCGCCACUGGGGACGGUCACGACGCUAGGACGCCGCUAUGGGGAACUGCGUAUCGCAGGUAGACCGCGAAGCCGCGGCUCGCUCACAGGAGAUUGACAAGCAAAUCGAGGAGGACUCGAGGAAGUUUAAGAAGGAGUGUAAGAUUUUACUACUUGGCUCCGGCGAGUCAGGAAAGUCGACCAUAGUCAAGCAGAUGAAGAUCAUCCAUCAGAACGGCUAUACGCGCGAUGAGCUGCUUACCUUCCGGACGACGAUAUACAAGAACUUGCUCGAGUCGGCCCAUCAUAUUCUGCUCGCUAUGCGCAAGAUCGGCGUCGAUUGUGUGAACCCGCAGAAUCGGGCAAGUGUAGAUCGCAUCAUGGAUUACGAGGUCGUACCGUCAACGUCUUUCUACUUCUCGGAAGAAAUGGCCCAGGCGAUAUACCAACUAUGGAAAGAUCCCAUAAUACCGACGAUUAUGGACCACAGUAGCGAAUUUUACCUUAUGGACAGCGCAUCUUAUUUCUUCACAGAAGCGCUGCGAAUAGGUACACCAGAUUAUGUUCCGACCGAGACGGACGUGCUACGAUGUAGAGCGAAGAGCACCGGGAUUACGGAGACACGCUUUAGCUUGGGCCCGUUAUCAAUACAUAUGUUCGAUGUCGGUGGCCAACGGUCAGAGAGGAAGAAGUGGAUACACUGCUUCGAGAGCGUGACGUCGAUCAUUUUCUGCACCGCGCUGUCUGAGUACGAUCAAGUUCUACUUGAAGAGAGGAAUCAGAAUCGUAUGGCGGAGUCGCUCGUCCUCUUCGACUCUGUCAUCAACUCCAGAUGGUUUCUCCGAACGUCGAUAAUCCUGUUCUUGAACAAGAUCGACGUAUUCAAGAGCAAGCUACCAAAGGUACCACUCGAGCGUUAUUUCGCAGAGUACACUGGGGGUGCAGACAUUAACAAGGCUGCGAAGUAUAUACUGUGGAGAUUCAUGCAGGCGAACCGGGCACGACUAAGCGUUUACCCCCACCUGACACAGGCGACGGAUACAAGUAACAUCCGCCUGGUCUUCGCAGCGGUGAAGGAGACGAUACUACAAAAUGCAUUAAAAGACUCGGGGAUACUAUAGCCAUGGCCGCGUCGUCUUUUCUUGCUUUGGGGGACUCUUUCGCCGGAUUUUCUCUUGUUUGUAUGCUGCAAUUAUUCGCCAUCUCACACAUCUCGCAUCCGUACCAUACAUCCAUUGUCCUUGCUGUCGUUGUCGCGUUAUCCACUACAUUUUCUCUCCACCACUUGCGCCGCCAUUUGCUUCCCGCCAACUGUCAACCAGUUAUUUCGACCGGUUCAUCGACGAGCACCUGCGUGCUCUCUGCACGAUCACCUCGUUGCAACUAUCGGACGGUUGCAUGUCGCACUCGUGCAGGGUGUGUCACCACAGCGGCAUCCGAGCGCACCCCGAGACUUCAUUCCCUGCUCACUACGCACGUCAUCGCGGAGCAUGACGCCGCGACGAUUCAGGUCUUCUCUCGCACUUGAACAUGUAUACCUCCCUUACGCUCGCUGGCACUUGCACACACCUCUAUUGUAUUUCCUUCCUAUGCCCCCGGUCCUGGUUGUCCGUCGCUUGCUGUUAUUGCGCUCCCCACAUCUCCAACUGACUGGCUCUGCUACUCCGUCAUCUUCGUCCUCUGCGCAGCCAGGUUCGCUUCCCCUGUCGCGCGUCUCCCUCUACUUACAUGAUCAUUACUAUUAUACACUCUGCUCUCGUUCCAUUCCUUGAUUCCUCUCUAACUCGAGCUGCUGUUCUCCUUCCAUGUUUUUGUUUAGUAUUCUGGACCAGUCUCUGGGGUUGUAACCUUACAUUAGAAUCCUGAGCAAUUGAAUACACAGAAGGGUGGUCGGAAGUU